UCAGGUGGGCGGGGCGCCGCGCUGGAAAACAGAUGCCAUGUUUGUUUACUGCGUAGAGAUGAAGACGUGCGAAACAUUAAUAUGGAGAGAGAUUUCUGCUGUUUAACAGACACAGAGGAUCUGCGGAGCUUCAUCUCACACUCCGAGAGGACCAAGACUCUCUUCGAGGAGAUCCGCGCCUCCAUCAACAAUAACGCGGAGGGCGAGCGCUGGUUCUGGCGGCCGGUCCUGCCGUGGGGCGGCGUGUUCCCCAUCCGAGCGGGACGCAAGGCCAUCGCCUCCACGCCGCUGUACGUGCAGAUCAGCCUGAAGAACACCUGCACCAUCGACGGGUUCCUCAUGCUGCUGUACGUCAUCCUGCGGGACAACCGGAGCUUCGCCCGCGAGCUGGCGCCCUUCCUGGGCAAGCGCUUCGUGGAGCACUUCCUGUUCCUGAUGGACUCGUGCGACUACACCACCGUGAAGAUGCUGUGGAUCUGGGACCGCAUGUCCAAGCGCCAGUACCGGUCCGAGGUGAACCACACGGCGCUGGAGAUCGACCUGUUCGGCAACGAGCACGAGAACUUCACCAAGAACCUGGAGGACCUGAUGUCCAGCGCGCAGGAGAGCUGGUGCUCCAGCGGGAGCUGCCCGACCCGCUUCCAGGAGCACCAGCGCAAGACCAUCAGCGUCAAUCCUCCUCAUGAGCUUCCAGAUAAAGAUCCCAUUCAGUCGGCGCUGGACCAGUUCUUCUGCCCGCGGCUGGAGCCAUGUGAAGAGUCUGAAUGUGACGGUCUGAGAGAGUUCAGUCCGAGGCUCUUCUGUCACGGUCCUCCAGCGUUCGUGAUCCUCGACAUGCAGAUGUGGCGUUCAGAGGAUCUGCCGUACGUGCCGUUUCACCUGGAGCUCUCGGAACAACGGUAUUCGCUGGAGGGCGCGACGCUCUUCAACAGAGAUGAACAUCAUUAUUCCGCCGCGUUUCAGAUCGACGGGUUCUGGAUGCAUUACGACGGUUUACGGAGCGACAACCUCGUGCUCCUGAACAAACCCCCCGCCUUCCUGCUCCUGUCCUCACUCGUCUACAUCAGGAGCACAGACCGAUGAACACACACACACACACACACACACACCUCCUGCUCCUG